GAAGAAUGAGCUUCUAAAAAGAAAGAUCACACAGUAAACAGGCAGAGGACAAGGAGAACAUUGAAGCUGGGAAGAUGACUUCCUGUAGCAACACCUGCGGGUCCAGGCAAGCCCAGGCCGACACCGAGGGCGGGUACCAGCGCUAUGGCGUUCGGUCCUACCUGCACCAGUUUUAUGAGGACUGCACUGCCUCCAUCUGGGAGUAUGAGGAUGAUUUCCAGAUCCAGAGAUCGCCGAACAGGUGGAGCUCAGUAUUCUGGAAGGUCGGACUCAUCUCAGGCACUGUCUUUGUGAUUCUCGGACUGACUGUCCUGGCAGUGGGCUUUCUCGUGCCCCCCAAAAUUGAAGCUUUUGGCGAAGCUGAUUUCAUGGUGGUUGACACACACGCUGUGCAGUUCAAUGGCGCCCUGGACACAUGCAAGCUAGCGGGGGCUGUUCUCUUCUGCAUUGGGGGCACAUCCAUGGCAGGGUGCCUACUGAUGUCCGUGUUUGCCAAGAACUAUUCCAAAGAAGAAAAGUUCCUGCAGCAGAAGUUUAAAGAGCGAAUCGCAGACAUUAAAGCCCAUACCCAGCCCAUCACUAAAGCUCCAGGCCCAGGUGACACCAAGAUCCCGGUCACUUUGUCCAGAGUUCAGAACGUGCAGCCUCUGUCAGCCACUUGAAACAUUUGCCACCUCAGGCCUCCCCCUCUCUGAGUCACACACAUCAUCAUUAAAAAAAGAAAAGAAAAAAGGAAGAAAAAAAAAGGCAGGCAGCCAGUUAUUGAGAUGACAUGCAUUUGGCAGUGACCUAUCCCUAGAGCCAUGUGGGGCUGGACUACGUGUCCUGCAGGCUUAGUUCAGGUGAUGUUGGGUGUUAGGUGUCCAUCUGUGCCCACUUUUGAUGGGUUCUGCCAGCCCCUCUGCCAUCUAGUCUCUCUGGUGGGUCAAUGUUGUGUCAAUGUUACGGUUUAGACCAGUCGUCAACGU